CUCCCUGCUGACUGGGGUGUGGGCGGGGAGCGGCGGAGGGAGGAGGAGGCGCUGCUGGCCGCCGCCGUUGCCGCCGCUGCUGGCUGCCUGGGCAGCUCCCCGGGUUUCUGCGGCCGCCAUGGAUGAGCAGGCGGGUCCCGGCGUGUUCUUCAGCAACAACCACCCGGGCGCCGGCGGUGCCAAGGGUCUCGGGCCUCUGGCGGAGGCUGCCGCGGCCGGCGACGGGGCGGCUGCAGCGGGGGCGGCCCGAGCCCAGUACAGCCUCCCGGGGAUCCUGCACUUCCUGCAGCACGAGUGGGCCCGCUUCGAGGUGGAGAGAGCCCAGUGGGAGGUGGAGCGGGCGGAGCUGCAGGCCCAGAUUGCCUUCCUUCAGGGGGAAAGGAAAGGUCAAGAAAAUUUGAAGAAGGAUCUUGUGAGGAGGAUCAAAAUGCUGGAGUAUGCUCUUAAACAGGAAAGAGCCAAAUACCACAAGUUGAAAUAUGGGACAGAAUUGAAUCAGGGAGAUAUGAAGCCUCCAAGCUAUGAUUCUGAUGAAGGUAAUGAAACAGAGAUGCAGCCACAACAAAAUAGUCAGUUAAUGUGGAAACAAGGUCGACAACUACUCAGACAGUAUCUGCAGGAGGUGGGUUACACAGAUACUAUUCUAGAUGUGAAGUCUAAACGAGUGCGAGCUUUGUUGGGCUUUCCAAGUGAUGUCACUGACAGGGAAGAUGACAAAAAUCAGGACUCAGUUAUAAAUGGCACAGAGGCUGAAGUUAAAGAGACAGCAAUGAUUGGAAAAUCCGAGUUAACAGAUUCUGCCUCAGUGCUGGAUAAUUUCAAAUUUCUUGAAAGUGCAGCUGCAGAUUUCAGUGAUGAAGAUGAAGAUGAUGACAUUGAUGGAAGAGAGAAAAGCAUCAUUGAUACUUCAACAAUUGUUAGGAAAAAAGCAUUGCCUGAUAGCAGUGAAGAUCGAGAUACAAAAGAAGCUCUAAAGGAGUUUGACUUCUUGGUUACAUCAGAGGAAGGAGAAAAUGAGUCUAGAAGUGCAGGCGAUGGAACAGACUGGGAAAAGGAAGACCAGUGUCUCAUGCCUGAAGCUUGGAAUGUGGACCAGGGAGUAAUUACCAAACUCAAGGAACAAUACAAAAAGGAGAGAAAGGGGAAAAAGGGGGUGAAGAGAAAAACUACCGAAGAUCUGUUUCAGCCUCUAUCCUAUAUAAAACAGUCAAAACAGGGAUGUGGGAGAAUGAAGAAUCAAAGAUUAGGACCCAAUAGGUCAAAACUACAAGAUAUGCUUGCUAAUUUGAGAGAUGUUGAUGAACUUCCCUCAUUGCAACCAUCUGUGGGUUCACCUUCCAGACCCAGCAGCUCCAGGCUUCCUGAGCAUGAAAUAAAUAGGGCAGAUGAAGUGGAAGCAUUGACGUUUCCUCCUUCUUCUGGGAAGUCGUUCAUUAUGGGAGCAGAUGAAGCCCUUGAAAGUGAACUAGGACUUGGAGAAUUGGCAGGCCUUACAGUGGCCAAUGAAGCAGAUUCACUAACUUAUGAUAUAGCAAACAAUAAAGAUGCACUGAGGAAGACGUGGAACCCUAAGUUUACACUAAGAAGUCACUUUGACGGCAUUCGAGCCCUUGCUUUCCACCCCACUGAGCCUGUUUUGAUAACAGCAUCAGAGGAUCACACUUUAAAAAUGUGGAAUUUACAGAAAACAGCCCCAGCCAAAAAGAGUACUUCUCUUGAUGUGGAGCCUAUCUAUACAUUCAGGGCUCAUAAAGGUCCAGUGCUCUGUGUGGUAAUGAGCAGCAAUGGUGAGCAGUGUUAUAGUGGUGGCACUGAUGGACUGAUCCAGGGCUGGAACACCACCAACCCCAACAUCGAUCCCUAUGAUUCUUAUGAUCCUUCUGUUUUAAGAGGCCCUCUGCUAGGCCACACUGAUGCCGUCUGGGGUCUGGCUUACAGUGCAGCACACCAGCGUUUGUUGUCCUGUUCAGCAGAUGGCACUCUCCGUUUGUGGAAUACAACUGAGGUUGCUCCAGCCCUGAGUGUAUUUAAUGAUAAUCAAGAAUUGGGAAUCCCUGCCUCUGUGGAUCUAGUGAGCAGUGACCCAAGCCAUAUGGUAGCAUCAUUCAGCAAAGGAUAUACAAGCAUCUUUAACAUGGAGACACAACAACGCAUUCUCACUUUAGAAUCCAAUCCAGAUACGAUAGCCAGCUCUUCCUGCCAAAUAAAUAGAGUCAUCAGUCAUCCCACUCUUCCCAUCAGCAUCACUGCACAUGAAGACAGGCACAUCAAAUUCUAUGAUAACAAUACAGGCAAACUGAUCCACUCGAUGGUAGCCCACCUAGAAGCUGUUACAAGUUUAGCGGUUGAUCCUAAUGGCCUGUACUUGAUGUCUGGCAGUCAUGACUGUUCAAUACGUUUAUGGAACCUAGAAAGUAAGACGUGUAUCCAGGAGUUCACAGCUCAUCGGAAAAAAUUUGAAGAAUCAAUUCAUGAUGUAGCUUUCCACCCAUCCAAAUGCUAUAUAGCCAGUGCUGGGGCUGAUGCACUGGCUAAAGUCUUUGUAUGACACAUUGCAUCAUCUUCACCUUCUAGCUCUUUAUAAAUAAUCAACUGCACAAAAGAGAUACCAGAAGACCAGGGCAAGAACCAACCCGUCCUGCCCUUUUGUUCUGCUGAAGGAGCACAGAGAACAUUUGUUAAAGUAUAGUUUUGCAAUUCGUAUACUGUUUUCUAAAACUAAGGUUUGUUCAGGUUGCUGCAAGUUCAGCUGAAUCUGUGAACCUGAAAACUGUUUCAAAUUUUCCCCAAAUAAGAACGUUUAUUUCUGAAGUUGUUCUAAUUCGCUAGGCAGGCCUAAGCGAACAUAGGUGUUUAGCUUGUCCCUGUUUAAAUAGGGCACACUAUAAGGGAUCAUUAAAAAGCUUGAUAGCUGGGAAUGAGCAGAGGAAGAAUGGAAAUUCAGACCUAGUUCUCCCCUGAGAAAUCUUGUCACGCACAUUAGGUAGGCAAAAGAGCAAUCUUCACCAUAUCUGUUGUACUCACCCCUAUGUGCAUAAUGACCAGGCAGUGUUAAAAUGAGUUUUUAAUUUAGCUCUCCUUUCAACUGUUCACAUAAAGCACCUGGCAAAGCAUUUUACCUAUUGGGGGAAGAAAAGAAAUGCAAUAAUAUGUUAAAUAUAUUAUUCAGAAAUGCUAAAUGAAUAGUUUGUAAGCAGAUUUCUAUAUUGUAUUACAUUUUUGAAAUAGAUUUGGUACCAUUCUAAAGUUUAGCUUUCACAAACACUCACCAUUAUGAAGAAUAGUUGAUAGAGUCUGCUUUUACUAAAGGAUUUAACUUAUUCAGGUUUAAGAUUAUGUUUAUUUUUAAGGUCAAGCAGGGCAUAUCUUUAUAAUAAUCUCUAUUAAUUUUAAAAUUCACUUUAUUCCUGUGAUAUUUAUAGUACCAGAGUGAUUAUUUCAUAUCAAUGAAGUCUUACCUUUCAGUGGUUGAAAAAAUGGAAGUGAUUUGCGAGUACUUGUCAAAACCUACAUAACUGUGCUUCAGAUGAUCUCUGUUCUUUCUUCUAUGUCUCUCGUAUUUGAAUUUCUGGCACCUGCCAAAAAUAGUUCAAAAUUAUUAUGUCUUAACAGUCCAAAGGGUAUGGUUAACCUCAGGCAGCUGCUUUUGCAGAAGUACUAAAUAAAGCAAAUGUUUUGUACCCCAAAAGUCCUUCAUUAAUAUCUCCCAAAAAGGAGAAACUCCCAAGAAGGGGAAACUCCUAGAAAUCUAGAUGGAAGAGUUCAGUGCAUAGUAUUGGCUAAAGAGUUGUCUCUCUCUUUCCCUCUCCCAACCCCUUUUCCAUUGUUUAAUUGGAAUACACGGCAUGAUUUAAUGGGCAGCGAAUCAACAUUGUGUCUGGGAAAAACCAUCUCUUAAAGGACCAGGGUUUCCUGAGCUCCCCUUGCCUGUGACCUGCAUAGGGCCAGCUCUUGGGAUUCCUAUGACCUCACUCUCUGGACCUGGUGUAUAGACCUCAUCCCUACAACUGUCUUGCCUCUCCUCACACUCUCUGUCUUGUUUGCCCAAAAUGUCAGAGGCCAAUCUAGAAAUUAGAAAUAAAUUACUAAUGUCCAACUUUUCAGUGAAAUGUAUAUGUAAUAGGCUCUCAGACUUAAAAAAAUUCAUAUCCGUAAAUAUUUUAACCUUUUAAUAUAAUCCCCACAUUUCUAUCUCCCCACAUAUUCCAUUGUCAUAACAAUGGCACUUUUGAUGAUAUGUAUAUCUGCUCCUUGAAGAAAUAUUCUGGUGGUGAUGUGGAUAAUAAUUGACAAUUUUUGUGUAAAGUUUCUGCUUGUCUGUCUCUAGAAUUCUGCAGUCUGCAGGCAAAUUUUCUUUAAAGUUAAAGGCCUGUGCUAGAUUUGCCUGAUUGAUAAACAGAUUUACUUUAAUUAAUUUGACACAGGUGUCUUAUUUCAUCUGUGCUUUGGUUAAGAGUGGACUCAAGUGAUUCCUUCAUGUAAUCAAAUGGAUUGACCUGGACAUGAGCUACUGGGUGAAUGUUUAUAUUCCCAUACAGAUACAGAAUUCCACAUUGUGUUUGAUGAAUUCCUCUUUUGGUUCUUCACAGAGUAAAGAAAUGGUGUUGCUAACCUAACAUUUAUAGAACAAUACUGGAAAAUUCCAGUUAGGUCCCUUGCUUGGCGUAUUUAUGAUGGACGACUAUAAAGUUGUUCUACCAGUUAUUGUUUUAAUUACCUUCCAAGGUCUUCAGUGCCUGGUUUACUUACGUCACGGAAAUUCUCAAAGCCAAGACAUUCCCUUCACCUGCAUUUUAUCCCUCAUGGUUAAAAUUUUCCUGUUAGUGAGUAGAAAAUAACUAUGAGAGAUGUAGUGCAAAUGAUGGAACUGUUGAAAGUUUCUUAGAAAGUCAGUGCUAUGCCAUUGGAGACUGUACACAGAAACUCUUCUCCACUAGCACUGUAUGGUCUCAGCCUAGAAAUGAGCCAAAGCUGUCUUCCAACCAGAUAGAAGCAUAUAUUUGUGUCUGAUUUGUCCCUCAGCCUACUGAAAAUUCAACGAAAACUCACAAAAUGAACAAAAUCAAGAUUCAGAGUCAUUGAAAUGCUUUCAUAGUGCUUGAUUUGUAAAUAUUUUGGAUGAAAUGUAUUGGAAUAGUAUGAAAAUCAGCAGGAGAUGGGGAUCCCUGCUUUAUUUUCAUGCGCUGUGGAGACAUCUCUGGGAGCUUGCAGCACCCUUCUCAAAACUCACGUGUCAUAUGGAGCUCAUUUGCUAAUUGAACCAUAGACAGAUAUUUAACAUAAGUGAUAUAAUGACCUUCAGUAUUUUUCUAUUGAACAAGUUUAGCAAUUUUUGCCAUAAACAAAUAAUUAGUUAUGCAAAGUAUUUAGCUUUUAUAAUCAUUUUAGUUAUGACUAAAAGGGGGGAAAUUGAGCUGCAUCACUGAUAAUGUACUUUGUGAGAAAUUUUUUGUUUAUCUGACUUUCAUUCCUUCAGUACUCUUGCUAUAAAUUUCUUUUGGAGAUAAUGAUAAAGAUUUAUUUGAAAAUGUCUAAAAUGUAUGUAUAUUUUAUAAAUAUAUAUUAUAUAUAUUGUAGGAAUAUAUAUAAUAUAUAGACUAUAUAUAUAUAUAUAUAUAUAAAACCAUAGGUGCAUUUUACUGUUUUGUAUUUUCAUUUUUGGAGGUAGUGUACACAGCAGGUAAUGAUGAGUAUGACGAGUGUUGUGCUGUUUGCUUUUGCAGUAUAAUAUAUAGUUCUAAAUGUUUAAAUUACUGUAUAUACUAUAUUCAUUCUAGGCUAGCAUGCUUGUUUUAAAAACUGUCAUUCUAGUUUAUUAAAAUCUGAAUGUAAGAAAACCUGGCUAUUCAAAUGUGAAUUGAAAAAUAUUCCAUUCUCAGUACUGAACUGUUUCCAUUGAACUUUGAGGAUUUUUAAGAAAACAGAUAUCAUCAAGAAGGCAAUAGCUAGAGAAUGAGAGGUGCCUUUAAAAAAAAUACAAAUGCAGCCUUACAGUGAGGAUGGGGAUUGAGUUUGGGGUGCAGGGGUGAAAGAGAGAGAGAGUGUGUGUGUGUGUGUGUGUGUGUGUGUGUGCGCGCGCCUAUCUGUGAAGGUCCUAAUUUGUGACCAUUAGUGUCUUUUUAAUGUAUCUGCUCAACUUCUUGGACUUCAGGGGACAUUUCAUGCGCUGUCUUUGUGCUCUUCUGAGCACCAUAUAUCCUUUCCAAGGAUUUUGAAUGUGAAUUCCUAGAAAUUUCAGUAGAGAAUAAGAUAACUAUUCUUUCAUUAUAAUCAGUUUCAGGUAAAAGGAGAAAUUAUUGGUUCACCAAAAUUAUGGGAUCUAAAUAAUACUGGCUAAGUAAAUGUAAUUUUUAAAGGCUGACUUUUUUAGUACUUCAUAAGUUUCCCCCUUACACAAGAGCAUGUCAUGAUGAUUCAACUAGUAUAAAUUAUUUUUAGAUUAAACACCUGAACUAGUUAAAAUUCCACCUAAGAAUAGUAUUUAAAUGGCAUCUUUCAUAUCUACCUCUUUGUCAUUGCUGCCAUUUGAACUAAAGCAAGUCCUAUGAGAUCUGAAAUGAUGGUUGGAUGCAAUUUAAAAAUCCAUGUUGGUGCUUUUCUCAGGCUUUGUCAUUUAAGUUGUAUUGAACUAAGAUGUCACAAAUCAGAUCAAAAGACUUAGAAUUAAUUUUGGUUUUCUUUUGAAAGAACUGCUUAAAAUUUCUCAUCAGCGUUGAUGGUGAGUGGAGGUAGUUAAUCUCUGGUUAGUAUUAUGUCUGUGUGAUGUUUUCAACCAAGAGCCAAACUGUUCUUGAAUUUACAUGGAAAAAGAGCUCUAAGUAUGAUUUUCUUCAUCCUACCUUAUUCUUUGAAAACUAUUUGAAGGCUGUUAAGUGCAUAAUCAUUAGUUUUACUUAAUCAGAAGUUGCCUCUGUUACUGUGUUACUUGUUUAGUUAUUUAUAUUAUUGUAGUACUUUAAGUGUUCAACACUGGGAUUCAGGUUGUACAAAAUUAGCUGACAAAUUAUAUGUAUUUUUUUGUGAAAUGUAUCAAUUCCUAAAGUUCAUUUUAGGGGAAGGUCUGGAAAACUAACAUAUCUGUGUUUGAAAACAAAGGACAGGUCAUUGUAAAUUAUUUGAAUCAUUUUUACUUUUGCCACUGAAAGCUUUUUAAUUGGCCAUAUCCAUCAUCCAACUGGAUCUUCAGGUCCUUGUAAGGGAAGCCAGGUUGACAAAAUAUUUAACAGAUUGCAUCAGUUUUUAUUUUUAAUCUAAAAAAAGUGAAUGUUAGGCCAAACAGAGAUCCCUAGGUCCCACUUACUUAUUCUAGUAGUAUUCCUGAAGUGGUGCUCAGGGGUCAGAAUUUUCUGGAUCUUUGCUAGUCAAACUUUUGAUUUCAUUUAACUGGGACCACUUUCUUGUCAUCCCUCUGAUGCAAAGUAGAAAGUUUAUCUUAACUUAGAUUAACUCUAAUGUCUGCCUGAGUUUUUAACAGGCUGUGAACCUUUGAGUGCCUUGUUAAUGUAGGAUGAUUCUCCGCUGGUUGUAUUGUUAGCUCCUCUCUGAAAAUGUCUCAGAGAAUGAUAUUUUAGUUGACUUGUAGAGAGCUACUAAAUUUGGUAUUGUCAGCAACCAGAAAGUCUUCGGUCUACCACAUACCUCCCUCUCUGUUUUCUUCUCAUUGUUUGGCUGAAGUUUGCCUCUUGUGAGAAACAAAUACAAGCCCCCCUCUCCACACAGGUUUUUCCAAUCCAGACUGAGGCAUCCCCUAUACCCAUCCCAACCAAUUGAUCUAAUACCUAUUUUUAGGAGGAACCACUUCUUUGUAAUCCUGACAUCUACUGGUUAUUCUAUGUCUUCUCAACUUCAGUUUACUAGAGCUGACCUCAGGGCAUUGUCAGUUCAGAUUCCUGAAUAACUCCUUUUCUCCAGCCCACCCCAACCCCCAACUGGUGAGCCCUGGGCCAGAUUGUUUGAUCUUCAGGUCUUUUAAAAUUUAGUUAUAAAAUCAAUUAAUGUAAAUUAAUCCAAAUGCUAAUUUUUGUGGUGCAAGAAGUUUCUUUUGUAAAUUCAGGGUAUGGAUAAGCUAAUUAAGAUAUCCUUUUUUGGUGGCUCUAAGUGUAUUGUUUGUUUUUAAAUAAAGUGUAUAAAUAUA